GUUCGCGGGAGCUGAGUGGGUUUUGCUUUGCUUUGCCAUGGCGAGGGCCAAAUUGGUUUCAUUCUUUGUGGCUCUUGCAUAUGUGGAAGCUGGAGAGUCAGGAGCAUUCUUGCCAAAGACCAACAAUUCGAUCAAAUCAACUGUUGUGCAAGGCUCUGGCAUCUCUAUAGCUUCAGAAAGAAGGACGCAAUCUGAAUCUGUAGAGAAGCUUCCAGAUGUUAUUUUUAUUGGAGACUUCCUGGAUAUGGCAGGCAAAGAGAUUGCCAAGCAGAUUGCAUACAUUCCAGCACGCAAAUACUUGGAUGCUGUGACCGGCUCAUCGGCUUUCUCAGUGCAGAUGGCGGGAUUGGCAUCGUGGUGCUAUGACCUUGACUACUUCAAGAGCACAUGGCCAAAUGGAUGGGCUGGAGGUUGGGAGUUGGUGGCAGAAUAUGUCAACGACACUGAGUCUUUGGUCGUGCCUGGCCAUGAUGUGGUGGCACUGUUUGCGAAAGACAACAAGUGUGCCAUCUCUUUCAGUGGCACUCAUGGCCUUGCAGAUUGGUCCACGAAUUUCAAUGCGAAGACAAAAGUGAGCUUGCCAGAAUGCGGCCUGUUUCAUGCGCAUGAAGGUUUCUUCGAAGUGUUCCUCCAGUUCCUUUUAAACGAAGCGUGGACGGAUGAAUUCGAGCCAUACCUCGAGAACAACUGCAGUGGUGGGAUCUACACAGUGGGACACUCACAAGGCGCUGCAGUUGCAGAGAUCUUCGCUGCUUGCAUCAACGCAGCAGGAGAGACCCUCACAUUGCCCGAUUUGGUUCGAUGGGGAAAGCUGGUGCACGCAGGUGGUGUUCGCAACACAAAUGUUGAAGUUUCAGGAAUCUACACGCUUGCUGGACCUGCACCGGCUUGGACGGUCUUGACCAACAAGUUGGAUCCCAACGGGAUCUUCCAAGGUGUUCGUUACUUCAACCAGGACGCUUGGUCAUUUGAUCCAGUCCCUUGGAUGACAUAUCCCAGGGGAAUGAAACAUGCAAAAUAUGCUGCAGUAAAACUCAAUGACCAUCCUGAAGAGUACGCUGCUCAUACAGAUGAUGCCGUCAACGUACCGCGUUUUCCAUCAUUUGUCCCUGAGAUCUUUCAGCACCUUCCACCUUCCUACAUGCAACGGCUGAUGAAGGGAACUCGAAAGGCGACUCUGAAGAUCCAGCGCGCUUGGGCGCUGCCAGAUCGCACCAACGCCCCUUUCAACAAUCCAAAGCCAGAUCCAUACGUGGUGGUCGAUGCCAAGAACCGCAUUUGGGGCGAAGUGUAUCGUACCGAAACCAAGAAAGCCGCAACUGAUCCUACAUGGGAUGAGAGCUUUGUUUUGGAGAAGUAUGAGCCAGGAGAUGAAGUUCAGGUGACUGUGUUUGAUGAACAGCACCCCUGGGGACAAGAUCAAAAGCUUGGGAGUGUGAUCCUGAAAAAUUUUGAGCCUCAGGGCUUUGAAGGCUGGCGGCCACUGUAUCAUGGUGCCUGGCUGAAGGUUGCCAUAUUCAUGUCACCUGUGGAUUUUUAAAUGAAGACGCACGACGAAGUCAAGCAAGCAGACGCGACGAAAGCGAAAAAACGGGAGAAUUUGAC